UUCUUCUCCGUUGGCUGUGAACGUAAUUUCUGUAGCCUGUAAAACGUUCCUGUUUUUAGUUGGACUUGUUUUCUCAACUCGCCUUUAGCUCAACAUAAACUACUAUUAUCUAGAAUUUUUUAUGGCUUUUAAGAACUCUUGUUUUGUUAUUGUUUGUCGGUAAACAAACCAGUCGGUCUGAACGUAUGUCAGAGCUCAAUCAAUGGAAUGAAAUUCUUACUUUGCACGUCGUGGGCUGGGAAAUUACACUUAGCGCCAGGAUAUCGGAAUAAAAGUUUUGACAAUAUAUCACUCCAUUUAGAAAGAAAGUCCAAUUUGUGUUUCUUAAUGUUUUGUUCAAAUGCUGUGUGGUACUAGUAGUUGUAUUCAAGCAGCCAAAAGAUAUUGCCCGCGGUUUUUCCACUGUCCGAUCCCGCCAGUCAUUGAGAGAUAUUGGCCAAUCGGCGUUUGAAACAAUCGUUAAUAAAGCCUAAUGGCAGUUUUGACACUGUCAUUAUUGAAAAUACGGCGUUCUUUUUCUGUCAAGAACAAUUACUUUUUCCUUAUUGAUUUCGUCUGUGUAAUGAAAGGUCUUAAUCAAGUUAUUGAUUCAUUCGUUCACUUGUUGUCCCUUGUCAACUUUUGUUGACUUACUGUUCAAGAAUAGAAAGAUCUUUUCUUUUCAUGGUAAACUGACGAAGAUUUAGGUUGUUAGGGACACGGAAUACUCUGUUUAACCUAUGUUGACCGAUGUGAUCUGUAGCUUAUGAGAUCACAAUGUUUGCAACGCUACGUUCUGUUUCUCGAAUGAAGCGCGCGCUGAGGAAAUCUGACCGAGGAAAUGGCCCUCGGCUUUCGAUUGCGGUAGAAAUCGAAGAGGAAGAAGAUUACAUGAGCACUUUCAUGUGGUAUGGAGAACCUUACACUCCAACAGGGAACUUCGAAGUGGAUUUUUGUGAAUUAUGUACAAGAGCAGGUUUCCCAAACAUGCAAGUCGUUCCACGACCUCAUCGUCCACCGACACCAAAUGUCAUACCCCAAGAUAACACUCCUGUAGGAAAGCAGGACAAGAAAGACGCUGACAAGAAAGACGACAGUAGUAAAGUUGAUGAAACAGCAACCAUCCCUGGAAAUGAAACUGAAGAACCACCCACAACAUAUAACAUCAAAGAAAAAUAUCAUUACUUUAAACCCAGAGUGGAGGUUGAAACUGAAGAGGANGGAAAUAAGUCUCAUAUCAAGGAGAUUUAUAUUCGAGGAUGGAAAAUAGAUGAUAGAAUUUUAAAUAUCUUAACUGUAACAUUACCUCCACUGGAGAAGUUAACUACAAUUGAUUUCUGGAACACUGGGCUUCAGGACAACAGUUUAAACACUCUAGCCACUCAUGUUGUUACUCUUCUCCCUAAUCUCAGAACUUUGUGUCUUGAUAACAACCCUGUCACCCUUCAAAGAUACGGAGCGUUUCUUGGCGAAGAAAGCACGUAAGCAUCAAGCAUGCAACAGUUUACUUUGUACAGCUAUUUUGAAUACAUGUAAUAGCUAGACCAUUUUCAUGUUCUUUGUAUUGGACUAGAACAAGCUUGCAACUGAUCAGGCUAAUGCGGGAGUCUGUCCAAAUGCAUAUGACGACAGUAAUCUCUUUCUAAUGAUAUUCCCCCGCGUGAGCCUCCAAGCUAGUUCCAGUCCAAAACCAGCUAUAUAAAUUAUGGCCAGUAUUUAUACAUUUUUACUUAUGCCAAUUAAGAGUGUUUAUGACAACUUUUUAAACUGAAUAAAUCUUUAAUUUUGUAUCCUUUGAAAGGUUCAUUUAGUCUGUAAUAUCAUGUGAUUUAGGUAACUGUUUUGUACUAAAACUGAAUUGUUUAAUUAUU